AUGGUUAGUAGAAGUGCCGGAUGUGCUGAUGUGGUGAGAUAUGUCUUACGUCAAUCAUCCAACAAUGCAUAUUUUGAGGAAACAUUAGAUAGUGAUUUAUUAGAAUCAUUUUUAAAUUUAAAUGAUAUUCCAAUUAAUGGAAGUGAUAUUAAUUUAUAUGAAAUUUUAAACAGUUGCUUAAAGGAGUGUGAUAAAAUUUUAGAAGAUAUUUCAACAUAUAAUACUGGUGCAUCACAUUUAGUUAAAAAAGGUAUUACAUGUGUUGAUGAUGAUGUUAUACAAAAUGAAGUUUUAUCAGAAAUAAGUACUUAUAUUGAAAGGAUAAAAAGGUAUUAUGAUAUUUCAAUUCAAUUAAAUACUAUUUUAUCGUCUUUAUUAUGGGAAUUAUGUUCUGGUCCAUUACCUCCAAAUGAUCAACUUAAAAAAUUAGCCGCAUUAAGUUAUCAAUUUAUAAAAAUUUUAUGUUUUGCUCUUCAAUUUGACGCAAUAAAAUUAGCAACACCCUCAAUACAAAAUGAUUUAAGCCUUUAUCGAAGAAUUAUCUCAAGAAGCCCAUUCUCUGAUGCAAAAUUAAUUUUAAAUUUAGAAACAGCAAAUAAUGUUUGCUUAUUUUUAGCGGUAUCAUCACCAAUGUUUACAUCAAUUGUAUCUGGAACAUUAGCUUUUGUCUCAAAUCACAAUGAUCUACCAUUAGAUAAUACAACAAGUACCUUAUCUUCAAUAGUCCAUAUAUGUCAUGGAAUUCUUUUAUAUUUAACAGAAGAAAAUAAACCAAAUCUUGAACAAAUUAAUUUUUAUGCUAUAGCAUUAGUUGGUUCACUUUUAUUAUAUGAUCAUAUACAUGAAAAUGGUGCAUUUACAAAAACUAGUCAAAUAAAUAUUAAAUCAAUUCUAGAACUUCUCCAUUCAGAUUUACUUCAAGAUGAUAAAAAAACUUUCCUUCUUAAUACAAUACGUUAUAAUAGUAAGCACUUGAAAGAUGAUAAGACUCCUAAAAGUAUACGAUUACUAAUCUCUUAA